AUGACUCCUCGGAAGGAGAAUGAGGAGAAAGCGAAAAAGAAAAGAGAGAAAGGGUCUCAAUAUAGACCGAGCAGUGUACCGGUUGGGCCGCAGAUUAUAGAGGCGAUGUGGGUAUCCGAUGAUGAUGAGAGUGAGGAAGAUGAGGAGGAUGAGGAUGAUGAGGAGGAUGUGGAGGAUGAUGAGGAGGAUAUGGAGGACACUGUUAGGACGGGUGGACAUCUCGGUGGUCGUCCUAUGUACAACCCCCUGAGGCAUAACAUUCUAGAUCAGGGAAUUCAUCCACAUCUCCCUGUUACACGUCAAUGGCUUAGUCAGGGAGUUUUACCAUCUCCUCCUCCCACGGUUCGUGUCCCUGUGGAUCCGUCCACAGUGCGAGCAUACUUCUCAUGGUGUUGA